AUGGGGCCCAAGAUUUGGACAGUUUCGUUCAGGGUGGAAAUGAACGCAGCAUGGCAGCAAAGGAAGCGUAGAGAGUUCUGCAAGGAGCAAGGAAUUCACGUGAGUGCAUGGUCUCCACUUGGGGCAAACGGAGCCUACUGGGGAUCACUUGCGGUGAUGGAGAGUCCAAUCCUUAAACAAAUUGCAAACGCUAGGGGAAAAUCUAUUGCUCAGGUUUCUCUAAGGUGGUUGUAUGAACAAGGAGUGAGUGUGGUGGUGAAAAGCUUUAACAAGGAGAGAAUGAAAGAGAUCCUUCAGAUCUUCGAUUGGGCAUUGAGUGAGCAAGAUUUGCAAGAAAUCAGUCAGAUUCCACAGCAUAGGGGAUUUUUGGGAGAAUUCUUCGUUUCACCAGGUGGGCCAUUUAAAACGAUAGAGCUGUGGGACGAGGAGGAAUUACACACCUCUAUCUAUUUCUCCCAGUGUGUCAUGAUGGAACGGUUUGCUAAAUCCUCAUAUAUGUGCAGAUAUGGAACACGUGUAAGAUCUGGGCUUUCAUUAACUUUUUAG